CUAAGAAGUUGUGACUUGCUGCCAUCUAGUUGGCUUUCUGUCGCUUGGUACCCAAUAUACAGAAUUCCCAUGGGGCCCACCUUGAAAGAUCUUGAUGCUUGUUUUCUAACUUUUCAUUCCCUUCACACUCCUACUACAGGCAAUGAAUGUGAGCAUCCACCUGUUGUAAGGCAUUUCAGUGGGACGGGUGUGGUCUCAUUACCAGCAUUUGGUCUUGCUUCAUACAAAUUCAAGGCACCAUUGUGGGUCCCCAAUGAAUUGAAAAGACUAGAAUGCCCUGAUGGACUAUUCACUAUUCUAUAUGUGUUUGUUACUUACAUAGAAGUACUAGUGUUGAAAAGACUAGAAUGCCCUUAUCAUUUGAUGUGUCAAUAAACUGAUGGAUUACACAGAAGCAGGUCUCCUCCACGUAGGAGUAGGUCACCUUCUAGAAGCUGAUUCCAGAAGCCCUUUGCAGCGUUCUGAUUCCAA